UUCCAUCAACCACUUCAAUUAGUCACUAGGUUUUUCUUUUUUUGACGAAUUUUUUCUUUCUCGCCACAAAUAAUUUUUACAUUUAAUCAUAACAUUCAAGUGGUCUUUAAAGAUGAGAUGGCGCGACGACGAGGAGAAAAAGAUCCAAGUUUAAUUAUAGUUGUAUUUGAUUUAGUGGUGACAUUUUAGUGAAAUAACACCGUGAACGAUGAGACGAAUAUAUUCGUUUUUUUGGGGAUGUACGGUGCAAUGUGUACAGAAACACUGAAUAAGGUUCGUUUCGCGAACGAAAAGUGGUAUUUUACCAUUCACAUUCAACAAGGUGUACGCAAAAAAUGAAAGUACAAGAAGCUAUGAACAACAAACCGUAUAAAAUUAUCGAAAAUGAUUUCAUGGACACUAUGUGCGAAUCGAAAACUACAAAUCGGUCUAAAAUGGAUAGUAAUCGUUGUGAUAUUCGGUGUGUACUUCAUCAUUUUAUUGAGAGAAUCGAUUGCAGCAUUAGAAGUAACCAAUAAAAAAUCGAAUUACGUUGAAGAGGCAUCCAAAGAAAUACCGAGUAAAAAUCAUCGAAAAACGUCGAAUAGUCUACACCAAUCACACAGAUACCAUCGAAUAGCAAUCAGCAACAGUACGAAAAAUCAUGUAACCGUUCCCCCUGUGCCAAUCCUAACAACUGUAAAUCCAAUUUACGAAUAUUCGGACGAAAUAAAUGCGGCAGCCGAGCAUGAUUUUGCAGAAAGACAGGCAAGAUUGUGGGAGGUGUGUGCCAAGUUUAAUUUUGGCCGGACACCGAACGCCUGGGAGUUUUUUAUUUCAUCCGGACAUAAUUUGGCGUGGUGUAAUGUGUUCAAAGCCGGUAGCAGUACAUGGAUUUAUUAUUUUAACAUACUAGCUGGGUACAAUAUUGCAUAUCUACAACGUACCAAGUCAGCACCACUAGAACUAGCAAGAAAAAAAUUUCCACGACCUAGCCCACCUGAAUUGGAAGAAGCCUUAACAAAUUCACUAUCUUUUCUAAUUGUUCGAGAUCCUUUUGAGCGUUUAUUGUCGGCCUAUCGUGAUAAGUUAGAAGGUUACCGAAACAAAUACUAUAAAAUAUUGGGAGAACAAAUUGUGAAAAAAUUUCGAAAAAUACCGAAAAAGAUCUCAUACGGACCAACAUUCAAAGAGUUUUUGAUGUUUUUGCUGCAAAACUACAAAUCGGGUCAACGAUUCGACGAACAUUGGAGCCCAAUCUAUACGUUUUGCACUCCAUGUAGUAUUAACUAUACUCUGAUUGCCAAAAUGGAAACGUUUCAAAGAGAUUCCGAGUACAUCAUUCGUCAAGCUGGAUUGGAAACGUUACUGCUGAACAAAUUACCGCACAAGAAAAUCAAAUCAAUAACGAAUCAAUCGAGCGGCGAAACGAAAAAUUACAUUGAAAGAUAUUUUUCGCAAAUUGACAUCGAUACGCUGAAUCAGUUGCUGGACGUGUAUGGACCAGAUUUUGAACUAUUUGGAUAUAAUAGUACUAAAUACGUGAAAAUCGUUCAAUCAAAUGUUUAGUGCAUUAGUAGAGCAGGUCGAAUUUUUUAGAUAUUUUAUUUCUGAACAAUUCUGAAAAAGUUUUGGAAAAAUUUCGAUUUUUCGGAAUUUUCGGAAUUAAAAUUCCCAAAAAGAAACCCUGUAGUAGAGUCUAUAUCUGGCUUAGACAGCUGUCGCGGAUCUGUUUCUAAUAGGAUGUAAGAAGUGAAUAUAUGACUUUUAGUUAGAGCACACAAUUUAGUAAUAUGAAUAUUUACACUUUGCAUACUAAAAACAUAUAUUUUUCAUAAAUUUCGAAACAAAAAA